AUGUCAACGAUUACUGCCUACCCAAGUAAAGAUCAGUAUGACAGUGUCGCUAAAGCUCUUGUUGAAAGGCAUCCUUGUCUCAAGGAGCCAGGAUCUGGCAAAGGAUGGCAUUGCUGGGUGUACAGCCUAAAAUUUAAGAUGGGUAAUUACCGCCAGAGUCUGAGUGCUGCUGGAUGCCCAGAGGUUGUUGUAAACAAAAGGAAAAGAGCAGAUUAUAAAGGCAAAUGUGUCAAGAAAUCCAAAAAGGGUGAAAUACAUUAUUUGCCAGAUCCACCUGAAGGACAAAGUGCAGAGGACACGGAGGAGAAGCGGAAACUCAUUGUGACUGAAAUGCAGAAAAAAGAACCUGAUCUACAGGUUGUGGAUGAACUGAUGAUCUCCACAUUUUCACAGCGGAGGAAGGAAAUAGUUGGUGGUGAACCACUAAUUUCUGAAAUCUUUAACAGAUGGCCAGCACUGUUUACUGAAAGACAGAUAAGUGCAGAGUUCAAAAGGAUCGUCACUACAGACCUUUUGCAGCCAUUUCUUGAAGGAUUAGAUGGUCUGGUUCCAAGACUUCUUGAAGUGUAUAAAGCAGCAGCAAUGUCUGGCAGAAAGCUGUCACUCAAAAGUAUUUUGCAGUGUCUUGAGAAAGAUGACACAAACCAGAAGAGAAGAACUGCUGCACUGCUUGGUCUACCAUACUACAUAUCUGAAGAUCCAUCAGGCAUUAUCAAGACGUGUGAUGCCCAUGGCGAACAGCUGGAUGUGAUUAUGAAGGGGAUGCAAGUAGGACUCCUGAUUGGCCAUGAAGGUGUACUUCAGGAUACAUUCCCACAUGAGGUCUUCAAAGUGGCAGUUGUGGUGGAGGAGACCAUCAUUUUACACAGCCUCCAAAAUGUGCCAGAGGGCUUUGCCAUGCUAAUGGGCAUCAUCUAUUGUUUUAAUCAGGAAUAUCCACAAAAGAUGAAAUACACUUUUGAGUUUCUGCAGAGAGUGGUUAUGCAGAUUAAGCCAGAUCAAGGCUCUGCACGGAUACAUGGCCUGAGAAAUAAACUGCUGAGAUACAGAGUGUAG